AGUGUUUUAAGCGCUGGUCUACCAGAAGCGGUCGAAAUAACUUAGGUCUAGUAUUUAAUAACUUCAAAAGUAUCAACGAGGAUUGCUCGAACGAAAUUGAUUCAAAUGGUCGAAUGAGCGAAAAAAAAAUAACGGAUAAUUGCAGGUGAUUAUGUGAGCACUUCCGAAAAUGGAUCCAAGUUUAUUAGCUUUGGGAAUCUCUACUCUAUACAUCGUGAUAACGAGUCUGAUCGCUUAUUGGAGUAGAAGGUACGUCGAUUAUUACUUAAAAGACCCCCUUGUGAAGUCUUUGUUCUUGGAAGGAAUAGCAACAGCUGAACUUUGCGGAACAUGCUUUGAACUGAUUAUCGUGGCCGACAACUGGGGUGUUUCAACCUACGCAAUAUAUUUAUUUGUCUUAACAAUCUUCUGGUCAUUUAACUGGGGUGAUGCGACCGCCUGUCCUUACACGCACAUCGAGGAAGUGGUGGAGGGUAAAAAAAGCGUUAGAGUCGCUUUUCUUCUCAUCUGGGCAGAGUUGGUCGGCGGUUUGGCCGUUUUCAGAUACAUUCAGCUACUGUGGGCUUUGGAAAUUGUCCCAACACACAAGGGUCGUGCCUUCACGGAUUGCACAACUGAUUUGCAGGUACCCGUUAUCUACGGAGCGUUCGUCGAAUGCGUAGCAACGUGCAUUUGUCGCGUUGUUUCUCGUGCCCUGGGAGAACUAAAUCCAAGAUUCAGCACCGUCCUUGAUUCCUUCAUAGGGACAUCUCUGGUCGUCGCAGCAUUCAAUUAUUCCGGUGGAUAUUUCAAUCCAGCUCUGGCAACGUCUUUGAAAUACGGAUGUUUGGGGACGUCGUUCAUGGAACACGUAAUCGUAUACUGGGUUGGAGCUUGCGCUGGGUCCGUGGCUUCUAUUAGGGUUUACAAGCUGCCGGUAAUCCAAAAUUAUAUUCACCAGCAAAAGGAGAAGACAUUUUGAGCGGCUAAAAAUUUUAUACUACGGACAUCUUGUCCGAUAGGCACACGUGAAGACUUUUAUUUCAGCGACAUUAGCAUAAAUUUUGAUCUCACAAAAAAUGUGAGUUCAAGUAUGUCUUGGGAUGACAUCAAAUCAAUACGCACAACAUCUGGAAUAACCCUCGGAAUUGCUUAGCGACCUACCCCAAUACCGUGAUUUUUUCACGGAAUUUAUUCGUCUUUACUGUAAUUACAAAAAAUGCGCUUUGGACGCCGAAAAACCAUUAUUGUUAUUUUUUUCCUAUAAUGCAUAUCAUUUAUCAUCUCAUAUGGAGAAAGAAGAUUUACAAUUAUUUCUUAUUUAAUUGUAUUGAAAAAUGACCUUUUAGAACUUGGAAAAAAUAUCGUUUUGUUCUAUUGUUAUAAAUAUUUAUCAAUUGCUGAAUAUUUAUUGAUAUUUUUAGCUGUUGCGAGUCUUUGCUCGCGAUUACGAGGUUUGUGUGAAGUUUUCUUCUGGGAUAGGAUUACAGAAUCGUGAGAAUUUUUCGCAGCUAUUAGCCGGUUUCUAAUAAGCCUACUUCGAAUUUUCGCAAACAACGAUAAAGUUCUCGUAAAUCGAAUAUUCGCAUGACUUAGGAGAGCUGGAUGGCUAUACGGGGAGUCCCAGUCAGCUGCUCCCGCAAAAAAUUCGAAUGUUUGCAAAAUAUUAUCUUGACAAUUUAUCUCAGGAUUUGAAUAAAAUAAAUGAAAUGACUUAGGACAGAUA